ACACCAAAAAAUAAAAAUCUAAAUGUUAGGUUACCGUUUAGUGCUUCUCUUCUCAUAGAAAUCUAGAACUAAUUAAAAAAAAAAAAAGGCUCACCUGCCAAUCUUGUCUUUAUCAAUACCUUUUGUUUACUCCAUUUCUAAUGAGUGAACAUUAAUCUUUUAGCAAUUAGUAUCAUAGAGCAGUAAAGUGAGCUGCAUAUUCUUCAAUGGCGGACUGGAUGAUAGGGCCAAGGCUAUACAAUUGUUACAAGUGUGGAAACAUGAUAUGCCGUCACGAUGAUAGUAUUUCUAAAAUCUUUCAGGCAAGCCAUGGCAGGGCAUUCCUGUUUACCCAUGUUCAAAACGUUGUUGAUGGUCCAGAGGAGGAUCGGCAGCUUAUGACCGGUCUCCAAACUGUGACAGAUGUUUACUGCUCUGAUUGUGGAGAGUUGUUGGGUUGGAGGUACAUAAAAGCUUAUGAGGAAUUACAGAAGUACAAGGAAGGCAAAAUUGUGUUGGAAAGAUUGAAGAUUGCCAAGGAGAGUUGGUAGCCCCUGGAUUUUUCUAGUAUU